AUGGCGCCUACUUACGACGAUUCACCUCAACUUGCCGAGGGCCACGAUCUGCCCGAGGCCUAUGUCAGCCACCCACCUCCAGAACAAGUCUGGUCUCCGCAGCCGUCUAUUGCGCCGACUUAUGUCUCCCAGCCUCCUGGGACUUAUGGAAACAAUGAGGGUUAUCAACACACCGGCGCAUACAGCACCACUGGAACGUACUCGGAUGCCGGAAAGGGCGCGGCGGCGGGUGCUGUAGGAGGCGUAAUGGGAGCAGCAGCAACCCAUACUGGAGCUGAGGGAGCAUACUCUACCUCUCCCGAAUCGAUCCACCCGGAAAAGAAGACGGCCACUACUGUUGGUGGAAUCUCCCUGGUUCUCAUCCUCUCCAUCAUCAUCGGUAUUCUGGCGGCCGCGGUAAUCGGACUGGCAGCUGGUACUGGCGUUGCCACCAAGAACUACAACGAUGCGAACUCCAAACUGGCAGCCCUCAGCUCCUCUCUGGCUGACGCCCAGUCUACAUCUCCGCCCGACGCAGCCUGUGCCACUGGUACAGGCACCGCAGCUGCUCCUUCUAGUACUGCUGCGAUCUUCAACUCCCUUGAUAACGGAUGCACCAAUGACCCGAAAGGUGUUACCGGAACCGUGUACACCUCUGCUUUCUUUGGCAAGCCUCAUUUCACCAUGCACUGCAACCAGGAUACGAACAACCCUGCCAUUUACUCUGUUUUCGCCAAGGACUUCAACGGCUGCAUGGAUGCCUGCGGCGCGUGGAACUCGUACAACACCACUACCAAGGGUACCUGUGUGGCCGUCUCUUUCAUUCCCUCGUGGAGUUUCGCAAAGAAUGCUCAAGAGGGCGGCGCUCCCGGAGACUGUUAUCUCAAGUCCGGCACACUAUCCAACGCCCUCCUGAAGAACCCCAACAUUGGAACGGAGUGCCACGCCGCUCUCCUCCUCAAGUCGUCGUAA